GCGGACGCGCUCACAUCGCGGCGCACUGUCCUCCCGACAGCACGUUUCCACGCAGCUCUCUCACCCUCUCUCUGUCUCUCUCUGUUCUCUCUCGCUCUGCCUGUCUCUCUCGCUCCGUCUGUCGCUUGGUUCAACCCCCAGGAUCUUCCAGUGAUCCCCUGGCUCCUCGUUUUUCGUCGACGGAUUACGAGAUAUAUCCCCCUGUCCGCUCCGAAAUGAAAAUUUACCGGGCCGUCGGCCGCGGUCGUGGCGUCGCCGUGACGCGUCGCGUGUAACGGCGCCCCGUGGCCGUGAUUAUCGCUCGCCCGACACGUCACAUGUGAUUGGGGCGACCGGAGGAUCGUGCCGCGUCUCGCGAGUGACCUCAGCCGACCCGCCGACCGACGAUCAUCACCGAUCGACGAUCGUCGAGCUCUGGAUCUGUGGAGCUUCGUGCUGCGCUGGGCAGCCAGGAUGUCGUUCUUCAAAGGCCUGUGGAAGAGCAGCUCCAAGCACAAAAAACUAUGCGAGGAAUGGGCCCUGGCGAAUAGUCGCGAAUGCGUGGAGGGCAGCGGUUCUGCGGGCACGACGCACGAGGAAUCCGAGGAUGCGUCGGAAGCCCGGUUCACCCUCAAAUAUUUGGGCAGCACCCUCGUCGAGACCCCCUCGAGCGAAGAGGCCACGGCGGAAGCCAUCAAGACCGUCAUUACGAUGGCGAAGGCGAGCGGUAAGAAGCUGCAGAGAGUUUCUCUGGCUGUGAGUUUAAAGGGGAUCAGGAUGACAGACCUUGCCACGGAAGAAGAUCAGCUUCAAGUGUCUAUAUACAGGAUCUCGUAUUGCUCGGCGGAUGCCACCCACGACCACGUGUUCGCGUUCAUCGCGACGAAUUUGAACGAGACGAUGGAGUGCCACGCGUUCCUCUGCCCGAAGAGAAAAAUGGCGCAAACGGUGACGCUGACGGUGGCACAGGCGUUUAACACCGCUUACGAGGCUUGGCAGCUGUCCCAGGCCGAUCCCAGGAUCCAUCACGCCCAGGAUAAGAGUCCCUCGUUAAACGAAGACAAAACCGAGGACGAGGAGGAGGAGAAGAAGAAGAAGAAGAAGCCGCAGCAGCAGCAGCAGCAGAAGGACGAGGAGGACGCGAAGCCCGCGGGAAAGGUCGGCGAGGAGGGGAAGCGGGGCGAUCAGCGCGGCACGGCGAACGGUUCGCAGAAGAAUCUGCUGAUCGACUUGUCGAACGACGGGAAACCGACGGGGAACUCGUGGGUGUGCUUCGAGGAGGAAGGCGAGCACGGCCGGGCCCCGAAGAAGGCCGCGGGGGCCGCCGGCAUCCCGAUGACCACGCUGAGACACGCGGGCGCCGCGGCGUCGCACCACGUCGUCCCGAGGCCGGCGACGGCCUUCAAAAUGCAGAACGCCUGGGGCGAAUCGAGGUCGGUGGACCUGAUGUGCUCGUAGCAGGCGUAGCCCUCGGCCGAUAGCUUCCGGGACGUGCCAUUGAUCACCGGCCUCUGGAAGCAUCUGUCCAACAGCGGCCAGCCGAAGAAGCUCAGCCAGUAGAUCAAUCGUCGUCGCCGGCGAGCGCGUCGUCGAGCCCGCGUCCCCGGACAUUCCGUCGAGCCUGGGCCGGCCGAAGGUCGACCCUCGGGUCAGGGGUCGUGCCGAUCGUUCCGCGAGAUGGUUCCGUCUUCUUCCGCGAACGGAACCUCGCCGAAUACGCUCGGCGAUUGCGCGACGUCAACGUACGGUUGGUCGUCGAACGAGCGUCGCAGUCUCGUCGCAAACGGCGGGAGUCGGUAGAACGUGAUCUGUUUCCGGUGACCGCGGUUGACCUUCGGCGACCUCGCACGAUCCAGCAGAUUUUUGGAGAACGGAGUUGUCGCGCGGCAACAGCGAGAUCGCGGCUCCUCGAAAGCGUCGAUCGAGAGUGACGCCUCGAGCAAAAUGUACGCGCGUCCGGCGAUCUUCUCGACGCGUGUCCUGUCCUCGGAAAGAAGUAAAGAGAGAGAAAAGAAACGGUCGAGCAGUGCUCGAGAGGACCGAUCGAGUCGAAGAGACACGGCGAGGGGGGAGGGAGGGAGAUCGAAAGAAAGAGAGAAAGAGAAAGAGAGAGAGAGAGAGGGAAGGCUUCGGUCCACGACCAGGAAGUGGGAACAAUUUUCACAAACUAUACCUUUUGUAUACCGCGUGUAUCCGUGCCAAUUCUUUCACACAUAUCGUGCACAGGCUCGUACUGCUAUAUACCAUGUACGCGCAAUUACAAAACCUUCUUACUCCUUUAACGAGAUCCAGAAACGGGUUUCCUUUUCGGACGAAUUUCUUCGUACGUCGGAUAUAGAGAACGGGAGAAACAAAAAGGAAAAAAAAGAACGACGCCGGGUCGAACGGGGCGAGAGCAUGAUCUCGCGGAACUUUUACGAGCACCUUCUCUCCGUUGCGAAAUAGCUGGACUAUUUUUUUCGGUCGGGCUCGGCGUCGAAACGCGAUCUUCGAUUCGGUCGCCGACGCGGAAUGCGCCCCGCCGAUUGCAAAGUAAUUUUCUCCCGGAAAUGUUCGGGCCUCGGAAUCGAAACCGGCAGAUACGAGAAUACUGUGCGGUCAACGUUCACGCGAAUGCAUAGUGAUGCUAGAAUAAAAAGGAUGACUUAGCUGUUUUUAA